AUGGCUGUGAUUCCCUGUUUCCCAUAUGCCCACAUGGACAAAAAGGAUGAGCCUAGAGCACCAAUAACAACACUGAUGGCAAACAUGUUAGCGCGGGUAUCGUACAUUAGGAGGCACAUCGAUGAGUGGCAAAAUGGUAUUGCCGUCAGUCCAGAUGCCGGUGGAGUCAAGAGGAUCACUGCAAUGGCAGACAAACUUAGCAUUGAAUUCGCCCUUAUACACAGGAAACGUGAUGGGAAUCUCAAAAUGCCUCGGAGCUCAUGGAGUUUCUGCCACAUGCUCAUACUCGCUGCUCGGACGUUUCAUGAGAAAGGCGCAAAAACGACUCACGUUCUUAUUUCGCAUGGACUCUUCGCAGAAGCCCAUAUGGCUUCUUCGAACAGCCUUCUUAUAGAGCAGCUUGUGGUCACAAAUAUCAUUCCCCAAAACGAGCACAAAAAACAAUUUUCGAAAUUGCUAUGCCAUGGAGACAUGAUGCCAUUUGGGCAAGGCCAUCCGCUACAACACCGUCACCCACCUUGGGUGGAUAUACUGUGGGCGCACUCGAUUGCCCAAAUCAUUGGUAAACUGUUGGUUGGGGACUGGACUCAAGAAGGGCUGGACGAUGCCCGAGGCGAAGGCGGACGAUGGAGAUUGUGUUUUGAUGAACGUUUGAACGUUAACAGCCGUCCUGAGAUGUGA